ACAGCUGAAGUCACAAAGUGUUGGGAGGGGCAGGUUACCAGCAGGGUACAGCUGUGAUAUGGGACUCAAAAGGGAGAAAGCAUAAGCUGGGAAGGGCUUUGGCCAGGGCCUAAGCUAUCUCCAUCUUCAGCUCCAGAGGCCUGGUCAUAUCAAAAACAUAGGCAAGAAUGACAUCCGAACAGCAGAGAAGCACAUCCAUUGAAGAGACAAUAAAAUCACAGGAAAGGGAGUUAGCAAUCACCGAAACCCUGUGGGACCAGGUGCUAACAGCCUUUAAAGGCAUCCAAAAGGAGCUUCAGGAAGACGCUCGGAUUCGAGGCAUGAGCAACCGUUAUAUGACAUCCAUGCCAUCUGUAGCCCCCAGGACUGGAAGUGUCAAGCCUCCAGAUUUCUCUACAGCCCCAAAGUAGGAUCACAACUCAACUCUGGAGAGCAGCCAUCAGAAACCAUCCCUACAACCUAAGAACAUUAACUCGAUGACCAGCCAGCCUUCUACCCUAGACUCUAACUCUGUCAUCAAGAAGGGACGCCUGUGUUUCUUCCAGGGCUCAGCUCAGUUGCCUGAUAAGCAAAGGCUAUAAGACAGACAUCCUCAUUGCCAGAGUCUAUGGCAGCAACUGGGAACUUGGAAACCAACUGAGAACCAGGCACAUCCGAACUGCCAAGCAAAGAACCCAGCAGAUAAACAAUGGAGAAAUAAAUGUGAUGUAAACAAA